AUGGCAGGACAGUACAGCAAACCGACAAGUUCCAGGUCUGGACGUCGGCGAGAGUCUCUUGAAGGAACGAGUCAUGAGCAAUCACUUCCUUGGGACGUCGAGUUUAUUCAAAAACUAAGAAAGCUUCCAGAUGAACUUACCCGACUCUACAGUGAAAACAGUACUCUGAAAAGAGAAGCGGAAGGGUCACCCUCGAGGCUCGACUCAUCUAGGAAGAGAAUCGAGAAAUUUUGGCAGGAAAGGUUAGAAACCAGAGAAAAAGAGCUAAAAAACGAGCAGGAAGACAGGAUUUUACAGAUGCGGAAGCACUAUGAACAGCUAGCGAAGAACGAUACCGAAACUUUACAGAAGAACAACACUGAGCUACAAAACCGCCUACGGCGAAGUUUAGAAAUUUGCAACAAGAUGGAAGAAGAAAAUAAAACUUUGCAGAAAAAAUUGAAAGAAUCAGAGCGCCAGCUGCAGGAGACUGUCAAUUCUAGUCAUUCAAGAGACGCUUCGGAAAGGCAUAGUUAUGAGUAUCACUUGAAGAAAACAAAGCAAGCUUUGGAGGAGAAGCGUCGAGAGCUUGACAGAUUCAAAGAAAGGCAUGCUGCUUUCUCGGAGAAAAGAGUGAGGUCUGAUCAGAGAAGAACAGAAAACACCUUAAGUACCAACAGACAGUCUCAGCUAGAGAAUGAUUACGUCAUUGAAUUCAAGGAUGGCACACGUGUUGAUGCCAUAGACAUAAUUUACAGAAAAACUAGUCGUUCCAGGGGAAAUAAAUCAACCUCAGCGGAGUAUUUAAAGUGUUGUAGACUCGCCUGCCUUAUUUUUGAGGUAGCCUAUGGUUCCGUUUUAAGCAUCAAAAAAACCUUCGCCACUUUCACGUCUGCUGUGAUUGAAGUCUUAGUCACUGAAGCUCCAGCGAUUGGGUCAGAUACCAAAUCAUUUCCGCUUUGGAAGGUUCAGUGUGGUCACACAAGAGAUGUGGUAUUUGCUACUCAAGAUGCCGUAGCCGAGGUUAUGGUCCUGGUUAAAGAAGGAGCGAAGAAUCACAAUCUACAUUUUCUUGAGGAAGAUGUUAUGAGCUCCAUUUGUUCCAUAUGGCUUGAACACUUUCUUCAAAGGAAACAGCUUCUUCCAGAGUACGACAGAAAUAUCUUGCACAGUUUAAAAGAUUACAUACAGUAUUGCAUACAGUUUGCGUGGUGUGCUGUAACUCAGGUUCCUCCAUUGAAGAUUGACCACACGACGACUGUUUACAGUUCUAAAAGCCACAUUAUAAGCCAAGCUUUCAGUUUAACCGACCAAGAUCGAGGCCGUUCUCGACGCUCUUAUUCCUCCGAAGCACGAAAUAUCAUGUGCUAUCUGUGGCCUACUUUGUUGGAUUGUGAUGGAAAAGUUAUUAGUAAAGGAGAGGUUAUUUUAGCUCACUAGCAUUAGAAUCCCUUUAACUUAAGAAAAACACUUUGUAGAGAGAUUUUAAGAAGUCAUAAUCGGUUUACGCUCAAUGUAACAUCCAGGCAAGAGAAAAACAUC